UGGCCCGAGCGUGGCCACAGCCCCUUGGCGCGCGGCACGCCACCGACCCACGGCCCGGAGACCCUGGGACGCCUGCCUGCCAUGGGCCCCAGCAGCUUCCCGCGAGGGGCCCCGGCGGCCACCUGCUCGUACGAGCCCGUGUGCGGUGCCGACGGGUACCCCGCCCUGAGCGGGUCCCCGCCGCGGCGCUCGCUGCCCGACGGGCCGGCGACGAGGGCGAGGUGCCAGGGCCGCACCGCCGCGGCCGCCUCCGCCGUGCUGCUUGCGGCCGGCUGCGCCGCAGGUGCGGCGCGGGCGCUAGCGGGCCAGCUCGGACCCAGCGCGGCGCAGUCCCAGCAGCUGAGGAGGGGCAUCGUGAUGGCGGCGUUCGACUGCACCGACUUCCCUUCCGAGGACUGGUCCGGCAACAAGAAGAAGUGGUGCUGUGAAGUGGAGAAGGUCUGCGCUGACUCUCGGCCCGCGGCAGAAAACGCUGCAACGACAAAGGAUACCACGGCCCCAGCGGCAGCCCCGGCGGCGCCAGCUGCGCUCACGGCCGCUGAGCCUGCCGCGGCGGCUGCGGCGGCAGCAGCGGCCAAACCGGCUGACCCAGAGCCAGCAGCUGCUGCGGCAGCAGCAGGUGUUAUUGCGGCCGAGCCAGCUGCCGCGGAGCCGGCCGCCGCGACUCCUGCUGCGGCGCCCGCUGCGCCUGCGGCCGCUGUGCCUGCCGCACCGCUGCGGCGGAAGCAGCGGCCACCGAUGCCAAGCCGGCUGCCGCGGAGGCGGCCGCUGCGGCCCCUGCUGCGGUGCAGCCGUGUAGCACGGCCGUGACCCAGGCCGAGGCGCCGUGCGACGACGCUCCGUCGGCUCCAGUAGGCCUCUGCGCGGAGAACGGGUGUGGCGAGCCCAGACCCGGGCAGGGGUGCCACUGCCACCCGGGGUGCACAGACGGCGGCACUUGCUGCUCUGAUUACGACUCGUGGUGCAUCGCGGCGGGGCAUGCGGGCGAGAGCGCCGCUGCGCCGGUAGCGGAGGGCAGCAAUGGAACUGAAGGUGCGCCUCCUGCUGCUGCCGACGAGAACGCUACGGCGGGAGACGGAGCGACCACAUCUCGACCACGGGCCCCCUCCAGGAGAGGCUGAGCCUCGUGCCCGAGAUCACGGGCAAGGCUCCCCCGAGGCCCGCGCCUCCCCCGACGGUGCCGGUGCCCGGCAAGUCGCCCAGGCCGGCUUCCUGUCCCGAGGAGGACAUCAGACACGGAGCUGCCGAAGCUGUAUUGCUUCGCCAUUGCGCAGGCGGAGGUCACCGACCUCCCCAACGCGUUCGACGAGCUGGCUCUCCUGAGGAAGCAGUUCCGCCUCUGCGGUGGCGUCUUCGGGUGCACUCACUACGCCGUCUUCAGCGACCGCGAGCUCGAGGUCGGCCCGAAGGCGUCCAGCUGGACGCUGCCCUCCGUGACGUCGGCACUGGGCGGGGGCAGCGCCAUGACCGCCACAUGGGUGAACACGGAGGUGUUCAAGGGAGCCUGGCAGGCUAUCAUCGACGAGGGGUCGUACCUCGAAGACGACUUCGUCGUGAAGGCUGACCCCGACGCGGUGCUGGUCCCGACGGCACUGCAGAGCAUCCUGCACCACAAGGGCUACGCGGCCGACCAGCCCACCCUGUUCCGAAACUGCCCCGGCGGCCCCCGGGGCCUGGAGCUCUUCGGCUCGCUGGAGGUCGUCUCCAGGACCGCCGUGGCCACCUACGCAGCGGCGGGCGCCCAGUGCCAGGAGAAGGUGGAGGACGCCGCGCUCAUGGGCGAGGACAUGUGGCUCCAGGAGUGCCUGGAGGCCAUCGGCGUCCAGAGCGUCAUGGACGUCGACCUUCUGCACGACGCGUACUGCAGCCAAGACGCCCUCGUGGCCGACAUGUGCACCGACGGCAAGGCCGCCUACCACCCGUUCAAGGUCGCGGACGAGUGGGCGCGGUGCUUCGGCAUCGCGGCGACGCCGGAGGAGGACAGGCCGAAGCCCCGCAGCGAGGAGGACAUCGCCAAGGACCUGGCUAAGCAGGAGCAGGAGCAGGCGAAGAUCAUAGCGGAGCAGCAGGCGGCCAUCGCGGAGCAGGAGGCCGAGCGUGCAAAGGUCAUCGCGGAGCAGCAGGAAGCCAUCAAGAAGCAGGAGGAGCAGGCGGCCAGGGAGGAGGCCGAGAGGAAGGCCAGCGCGGCCAAGGCCAGCGCGGGGCAGCGGGCGCGGUAGUGGCCGGCACCGUCUUGCGGACUGUGCGGCGGGGAGUUUUUCACCGCCCGUCGGUGGCGCCGCAGGCGGCGGGGGGGGGCCGUCGACGGGGCCGCCGGCGGCGGCACUCAGCGAGCGCUGCGGGUCGUCUCUUGGCCGACUGCUCCAUCUUGGCGCGCCCUUGCGGAAUCGUGUGGCCGGCGCCUGUUUUCCUGGACUCUGUCCGCUCUCCGCUGCACGCGUGUCUCUCGCAUUCCCCCUGCGCAGAUUUUGUUUUCAACCAGUGGGGGAAGUCCUGCGGGGCGGGCGCAACGGUCUGCUUCGGAGCGGCCUGGGGGCGAGCACCGAGUGCUCCGCGGCCGCGCUUCCCCCGCUGUGGAUCGCGAGAACACGGGCAUGCCGAUCAUCAAUGCCAGUUGCAGUUGCAGACUCGUUUCUUGCUGUCAGGUCUGGAAGUCCUCACCCGGCACCUCUCGGGAUGCUCAAAGUUUACGCAAGCACACGCGUGUCUUGCAAGGCACGAUCCGAGCGAGGCAAGGGCUAGCAAGGCAUCGUCCUGACAGCACAUGCGGAAGGCCGCGAACUCGAGAAACGAGCAUCACACCGUUCUCGCUUUUGCGCACCUGCUUUCUGAGCGUGCAGAUAAGUGAACGGUGUGUAUCUCGAAGAAAGAAGAUCUGCAUAAACAUAAACUUCGAGCCAUGUUUACGUAGUUGUUUGCUCCCAUGGCAUCGUCUCACCACAUUAUCGGCUCCCUGAGGAUUUGUUGUAAACCUGUGGCCGCUAGAUCGCUGGGCGAGGAGGAG